UUGAGUGAUUGACUGGGUCUUCCUCUCUCCACCCAUCCCAAAGUCCCCUUGGAACAGCCAAUGAGAUGGGGGGAAGCUUUGGAAGAGUAGGACACUACUCUGGGAAUGUGAAUGGGGCGGGGAGAGGGUGAAGCGGGGGCAGGUGGGGGAACGAGAGUGGAAAUUGUAUAUAAGUGGCUGCUGCAGCCCUAAGGGGUUGCUCAAUGGGAAGAAGGUGUCAGGUUGGGGGUGGCUGAUGAGUGGGAGAUUGCUGUAUUUUUUUUUAUAAGUUUAUACUUGUUCAGUGUUUUUUUUUCUUGUUAUUUUCUCUUUAAAGUGACUUUUCACUAUUACUAAAAAAGCUGUUUUACAUGCAAACACUGUAACUGUACUUCUGUGAAGUUUUAGCAGGUAAGGUGAAAUCUGUCUGGAGGUUAAACACUUGCAAUGGUUGCAACUAGCAGUUUAAACAGUAAAAACUCUACAUGCAUUUCAGAACUGAUACACCAGGGUUUUCACUAUUCAAACAUAACUGACUUUGACUACUGGGAUUAUGUUGUGCCCGAACCCAAUCUUAAUGAGAUGGUGUUUGAGGAGAGAACCUGUCAAACUUUAGUUAAAAUGCUGGAGAACUGUCUGUCCAGUUCAAAGCAAACAAAACUUCACUGCUCAAAAGUGCUGGUCCCAGAGAAACUAACCAAGAGAAUAGCUCAAGAUGUACUGCGGCUUUCUGCUACUGAGCCCUGUGGUUUGAGAGGGUGCGUUAUCUAUGUCAACUUAGAAACUGGAAACGUGUGUAAAAAGCUGGAUCAGAUUGUCUAUGACCCAAGUAUUGUUCCUACUUUUGAACUGACACUUGUGUUCAAGCAGGACUGCUGCUCAUGGCCUAGUUUCAGGGACUUCUUUACUCGGGCCUGCUUUGCAUCUGGCUGCAGGCGUACACUGAUUCUGAGUCCUGGAUUCCGGCUUAUUAAGAAAAAAAUGUACUCAUUGAUUGGGACAGUAAUUGAAGAGUGCUAGUAA